AGGAGGGGCUGCUUCCCCGAGCCGGUGGGGGGCCCGCCGCCGGUGCUGCCGCUUGGCGGGCCUGGUGGCCGGGGGCAGGGACAAGGCUGGGGCCGGCCCGGGCUGGUUUCGCUUGUCUGUAUGGCCUCGCUCAUUGCCGGGACUUGGACCACGGGGACCUUCUUCAGCAUCGCGGGGCGUCGCUGUAAACGGAGGCGGAAGAAGCGCUCUGAGAGGAAAGACAGAAACCAUCUCCGCCGGUCAAGAAGCCCUCAGAAGUCCCUUGCCAUGGACACAGAAGAUGAAGAGAACACGAGUUCGAGCAGCACAGAUGUUAAGGAAAGCUGCGGUCUGGACAGCGUGCCCCCCAAGGAUGGCAGCACGCCCGGGCCCGGCGAGGGCGCCCCGCUCUCCAACGGGGGCAGCGGUGGCGCCAGCCGGAAGCGGCCCCUGGAGGAGGGCAGCAACGGCCACGCCAAGUUCCGCCUGAAGAAGAGGAGGCGGCCCCCGGGGCCCGCGCUGCCGAAGAACGCCCUGAUGCAGCUGAAUGAGAUCAAGCCCGGCCUGCAGUACGCGCUGCUCUCGCAGACGGGCCCCGUGCACGCGCCCUUGUUCGUCAUGUCCGUGGAAGUGAACGGGCAGGUGUUCGAGGGCUCCGGCCCCACCAAGAAGAAGGCCAAACUGCACGCCGCUGAGAAGGCCCUGCGGUCUUUCGUGCAGUUCCCCAACGCCUCCGAGGCGCACCUGGCCAUGGGGAGGACCCUGUCCACCAACACGGACUUCACGUCCGACCAGGCCGACUUCCCCGACACGCUCUUCAACGGCUUCGAGACCCCCGACCGGUCGGAGGUGCCCUUCUACCUGGGCUCCAACGGGGACGACUCCUUUAGCUCCAGCGGGGACCUGAGCUUGGCGGCGUCCCCUGCGCCCGCGAGCCUCGCGCAGCCCCCCCUCCCCGGCCCCCCGCCGUUCCCGCCGCCCAGCGGCAAGAACCCGGUGAUGAUCCUGAACGAGCUGCGGCCCGGGCUGAAGUACGACUUCCUGUCGGAGAGCGGGGAGAGCCACGCCAAGAGCUUCGUCAUGUCCGUGGUGGUGGACGGCCAGUUCUUCGAGGGCUCGGGCAGGAAUAAGAAGCUCGCCAAGGCCCGGGCCGCGCAGUCCGCCCUGGCGACCAUUUUUAACUUGCACUUGGACCAAACGCCGUCUCGCCAGCCCAUCCCCAGCGAGGGCCUGCAGUUGCACUUGCCGCAGGUGUUAGCCGAUGCCGUGGCCCGCCUGGUGCUGGAUAAGUUCGGCGACCUGACGGACAACUUCUCCUCUCCUCACGCUCGCAGGAAAGUUCUCGCCGGCGUCGUCAUGACAACAGGCACAGACGUGAAAGACGCCAAGGUGAUAAGUGUCUCCACGGGGACGAAGUGCAUCAACGGCGAGUACAUGAGCGACCGCGGCCUCGCGCUGAACGACUGCCAUGCGGAGAUCAUAGCACGGCGGGCCUUGCUCCGCUUCCUCUAUACACAGCUCGAGCUCUACUUCACUAACAAAGACAAUCAGAAGCGAUCCAUCUUUCAGAAGUCGGAGCGCGGAGGGCUGAAGCUGAGGGACAGCGUGCAGUUCCACCUGUACAUCAGCACGUCCCCCUGCGGGGACGCCAGGAUCUUCUCGCCGCACGAGCCCAUCCUGGAAGAACCAGCGGACAGACACCCAAACCGCAAGGCCAGAGGACAGCUGCGGACGAAAAUAGAGUCUGGCGAAGGCACGAUUCCCGUGCGAUCCAGCGCGAGCCUGCAGACGUGGGACGGGGUGCUGCAGGGCGAGAGGCUGCUCACCAUGUCCUGCAGCGACAAGAUGGCGCGGCAUCAGCAACGCGGAAGCGCGGCAGCCGGGGAAGGCGCCCAACUUCAGCGUCAACUGGACGGUGGGCGACGCGGCCAUCGAGGUCAUCAACGCCACGACAGGGAAGGACGAGCUGGGCCGUGCGUCCCGCCUGUGCUCCCUCCAGCCUGCUGCGCUCCAGGAUCGCUAAGCCCAACAUGUACCACGACUCCAAGCUGGUGGCCAAGGAGUACCAGGCCGCCAAGGCGUGUCUGUUCAAAGCGUUCAUCAAGGCGGGGCUGGGCGCCUGGGUGGAGAAGCCCACGGAGCAGGACCAGUUCUCUCUCACGCCCUGACCCGGAAUGGGGGGGGCUGCCCGCGUCCGGCGCCGUCUCCGGAGCCUCACGUCCGAACUGGGGCAGGGGUGUGGGGACGCGGGGUGCUGGGCAGGGAGGGUGUGGGGUCCAGCGUCUCCCUCUACAACAUCGUUACCCCUGGAAUGACCCAGUGACUGCUUUCCAUCUCCGUUUACGUCUAGAAAUUGAGUUCUACUGAGUAGGGCUUCCUUAAGUUUAGGAAAAUAGAAAUUACUUUGUGUGAAAUUUUUGAAUAAAUAAUUUAUUCAGAGUUAGGAACGUGGUUUAUAAAGUAAUUAGAGCAUUUAUCUGUGGAGAAGGUGAGGAAGUAGCGGUAGGAGGAGAAGCCUCGCAGCCGUGCCGCGGGCAGGUCCCCCGGAUCGCUCGGCGGGUCCUCCCAGCGCAGGAGACCCCGCAGGAGGGGGCCGGCCCUGCGCUCCCCCAAGUCCCCCACGCAGUGACGGCGUGCACCCAUGGGGGCGCAGCCCAGAUCCCCGGAACUGGAAUCACAUCAUGGAAAACGUGUGUUGGUUUACCUCUCAGUAACCAGAGAUGAGACCGGGGCAGUGAUCCUGGCCAUUCUUGUGAGGUUCUCAGCAGUGUUUGACUUUCAGGGACUAGGAGGAAGCCGUAGGGGCCAGUGCACAAAAGUCAGCCUAAAAUCCCCUCCCUAUCUCCGAAUCCCACGGAUAUGGAUGACUCCCCAGACAUCUUCACAGGAAGGAAAUAGAAUUAAGUAGAUAGACUCGUUCUUAGAAAAUGCCACUAAGGCGUAUUUUUAAAUUCUUCUUUCCAGCUUUAUCGAAGACAUGUUUGGAAGUCAGUAUUCAGGCUGGAAGCUGGUGCGGGCAUCGUCCCCACCAGGGUCUGGACGUUGACAGUCACGGCAGGGAAGGGGUGCUGCUGGUGCCCGGGGUGGCCCAGGGGCGCUGCUGCACAUCCCCCAGCACCCCGGGUGGCCCUGGGCCGAGUCAGCAGACAGGAGUACGGGCAAGGGUCCUGGGGCACCUGGACCUGAGCUCAGAGAUUUGCACCAAUUGCCUUGUUGCUUCCACUCAGGAUCAGACAGGAGCCCUGGGGAGCAUCCUGCCCCUGCUGGAUCAGGGCCGUUUACACGGAAGUGGGCAGGGGCUGCUGUGGAGGCUGUAGGCAUAGCCAGGAGACCCCGUCUCACCUUGCCAGACUGUGAAAACGCAGAACAGGAGCAGGGCGGCCACGGUCCCCUCUGCCCGGACCCCACGUGCUCAGAGCAGGAGACUUGGACCAGAAGUGCCGUGCCUGCCCCUGUCGCCAGCAGUCCCUGGAGGGCGGGGGGUGGGGCUGGCGUGCUGCAGGGACCCAGGGGUGUGGUUUGGCUCAGGGGCCUCCGCCUUCUCUCCGCUGUAGCAGGAAGGGUGUCAGCUGGUGUCGCCGCCCUCCCCAAGCAGGUGCUGCGCACAGACCAUCCGAGAGCCCUGCGUUUUUCUUCUCUCGGUAAAUGGUAUUUUUUCUAAUGGGGAUUGGGAGAUGGACUUAGUUUUUAAAAAAAUACGUGGAUUUUGAUGAAAAGUUCAGUGGAAAUGUAUUGCAUUAUACAUACAAACACUACCCAGUAUGUCUGACUUCCUCCCUCCCACUAACCACUGGGGCGAGCGCGACGUCCCCGCUCCGAGUGCGCGGCUGUCCUGUGUGCCGGUCCCGGCCGACCCCCAGCUGUGUGAGGGUCCAGGCCCACAGGUGGGUCGGGAGGGAGGAAGGGAGCCCUGUCCGCCUGGGACCCUGGGCGGCUCCCAGGUCGGACGGCGGGAGCAGAACAGAAGCAGAAACGUGAACCCCUCCAGGCACCGGGUCAGGAGACUCGGCCCUUGAAAGGGUCCCUUCCGAAGCUCAGGGUGCACCACCCGGUCUCCCCAGGUGUCACUUGGCAUACCGUGCCCUUAGUCAGGAUUCUAGAGACUUAGACAAAUUGACACAGCCAGGAACUUGGGUUUUUGAGAAAAAUCUUCAAUUUUGAGGAAGUUUUGACCAGGGGGUUGGGAGGGCUCUCUUCUGUUUUGUUCGCUAAACCUAUUAAUUCCAGGAAGACACCCGCUGUGGGCCACUAUCCUGCUAGAGGAAGGCCUGAGUCACAGUGGUGUCCCCGGCGGGGCUCUUCCCGCCGCCCGGGGUCAGCCCAGGCCGGGCGUCCCCUCUUCGCAGGUCAGAUGCCACAGAGCGCAAUUCUGAUUCUGAAUCAGAGUGUGCUUGACUCAUUUAACCAGAAACAGUUACUUUAUUUUAAAACGUACAAGCCAACAUCUCACCCGGCGCUCACUUCCCUGGGAUGUGUUUUUAUUCCCAUGACCUCCCUCCCUGCUGCCCAGACGACGGGAUCGCCGCUUCUUUGUAAAAACUGUUUCCGUGUUUCCAUGCAGUGACGCUGGGGCGAGGCCGCUCUCAGGCAGACCUGGGUGUGGCUCCGUGAAUGCUGUGGGCGAGGGCUGCACGCCCCUCCGCUUUUUCUCAAAACACAAAUAUCAGAUGUUUUUUUAUUUCUGAAACAUCUUACACCAAAAUACAGGGUCUACCCCAACCAUAAAUUCGUUCUAGCAAGAGAAGUAAAAUCGGCUGGCUUUCCCAUCCCUAAAAUCUACGAAGCUAGAGAGUCUCUCAAAAGAUUCCUCGUUAUCAAACCCACACCUAUGUACGCGGGAAGGGCAGAGUGUUUGUGACCAUGCACGUGUCCAGUGUUGUCUGUCCUUGUCCCCUGGCGUGUCCUGUGACCCCCUCUACAGCCAUGCGGCCAGUCACGUCCUUGGGGCCGGUGAGGCCACGGUCUGGCUCGAUCUGGACGCGUUGCUGUCCUCUGGAGCCGCUGUGUGCACUCGCUCACGGUGCAGGGACGAGCCCCGAGCCCCAAGAACAUGUAGCUCGGCCCCGCCGUGGGCUGAUGGGACAUCAGGAGCCGACGCCCGUCCUUCUGGACGCCACCACCAGUGUUUAAAGGCAGUCUGUGGAAUGUGUGUCAAGUGAGCCUGGAAGCAGUUUGCUUCUCCAGAUACUGGGCGAUGUGCUUUUAUUUUGUUUUAUUUUAGAAUUGGGACACUUUUCUAUGAAUGUAAUUCAGCCAAGAGCCCUGUCGCUAAGACCCAGGCCCCGGUGUCCUCUGUACGUACACUGAUGUAUAUACCACCCGUGCGACCCGCAUGAGCUUGCCCUCGCACCGAGACCAGCCGGAACCAAGCAUGAGACGCUGUCCUGUAGACAAAGGACUGGAGAUGUUCUCAAUAAAAGACACCGUGUUCCACCGCU